AUGCCCUCGGCUUUGGACCAAAUUAAAACGGUGACGACGGUGGUCGCGGAUACGGGAGAUUUCAAUGCUAUCAAACGCUUCCACCCGACCGAUGCCACAACAAAUCCUUCGUUGAUCCUGGCCGCCUCAAAGAUGGAUACCUAUCAACCGCUCGUUCAACAAGCCAUUCAAUGGGCCAAAGAGAAAGCGGGUGGUGACGAGGGAAAGGUGAUCUCAUUGGCGAUGGACCGUUUAUUCGUCGUGUUCGCCAAGGAAAUUCUUCAGCUCAUCCCGGGACGAGUCUCUGUCGAAGUUGAUGCAAGACUCUCAUUCAACAAGGAGGCCUCGAUUGCGAAAGCGCAUCAAUUCAUCGGAUAUUUCGCCGAUGAGGGAAUCUCAAAGGAUCGAAUUCUCAUCAAGCUCGCCUCGACAUGGGAGGGAAUUCAGGCGGCUAGAGAACUCGAGAAGGAGGGAAUUCACUGCAACAUGACGCUGCUUUUCAACUUCGAACAGGCGAUCGCUUGUGCCGAGGCUGGUGUGACACUGAUUUCGCCGUUUGUUGGCCGAAUUCUUGAUUGGUUUGUGAAGAACACCGAGCAAAAGACGUACGACCGGGACACGGAUCCCGGUGUUAAGAGCGUUCGCCGCAUCUACAACUACUACAAGAAGUUCGGCUAUGGCACACAGGUGAUGGCCGCGUCGUUCCGAAACACGGAUCAAAUCAAGGGAUUGGUCGGGUGUGAUCUUCUUACAAUCAGCCCCUCACUUCUCAGCCAAUUGCUCGAAGACGAGGAGAAUUUGCCGAUCGUUUUGACAAAAGAAAAAGCUCAAGAGACUUCGGAGGAGAAAAUCCACGUGAACGAGUCGGCAUUCCGAUGGGCGUUGAACGAGGACGCGAUGGGAACGGACAAGCUGGCUGAUGGGAUUCGCGCAUUUGCGAGGGAUGCCCGUCUUCUCGAGGAACUCAUCAAGAAAACGCUU